CAGCUGUGUGCCUUGAAUUUCCCACAUGCGAAAGCUCAAUGCUUAUGAGUUGAUCGGCGACCAUGCUCCAUAGGGUUGUUCUUCAGUAUCAAAAAACAUGACUUUCAUGUCAUUUAUCCGCGAUGAGCGCAUCAUCCUUGUUGGCAUUGGCGCCGCUACGUUUGGCCUGGUCACUAUGAUGACCCAGAUGCUGACGUACAUUCGCGACGACAACGAAGUAAAAGUCACUCCGCCAAAGACGCAGUACAUCACUCAAGAAACCGAAGACGCGCUUGGCCUUGAUACUCUCGACAAGCUGCUAUGCCACCCCAACUUCUCCAUUCGAGAUGUUGCCAUCAAAAUACUUUGCGAUCGUGCUGUAAAUGACAGCGGUACGGUGCGACAGCUCCUCUACGGCAUUACGCGACCGGAUUACGAUACUCGUAUGAAGAACCUUCGUGCCCUGGCAACGCUUACUGGGCAGACUAAUGACUUCGCAGAGGGCCUGUCGAAGUUGCACACAUGGAGAGCGUACUCUGCCCUUGUCAGAUCCCUUGAACUGAGUCUCGACGAUACGGAGCAAACAAAACUCGACGACAAAUACUGGGACGAAUACUACCUUCGCGAUAUGGCUGAGAGGUUCUGCCUCAUGUUCGUACUCGAGCUCAUCACCAAGUACGGUGCCGACAUGUUGGUCAAGGCCAAAUUCGUGGAAAAGUGGUUGGCCAAACAGCAUUGGGGAGACACCGAAGCCGAAAGGCAAGAAAACUUCAUUUACUACAUGGAGCACAAGAAUAACCGCAUCGUCGACAUUGUCACGAGGAUCGCACACACUACCCAAGGCGCAAAGGCGAUCCUCGCCUGCAACCUCGCCGCCAAGACGAGUUUCGACCUCAACCCGGACACCAACUUGGCCGGAUUCACCAUUGCCUUGCAGUCCACAUUGUGCAAUGCAGACGUUGAUGACGACGCGGAAGCGCUGCAAGCAGUCGAGCAAGUCCCUCGAACACGAGAGCACUCGGCCGAAGAACAGCGUCUUAGGCGGCAGCACCGGGAGGCAAUGGUGUUCAACGACGGUACCAGACCGAUAGGAAGGGAGGACAUAAUCGAGAGAAGCCACGAUUCGCCAAGCUAAACACCAAGCAUGGUUCCAGCAGAAAAGAAAAGAAAAGAAAACUCCCAGCAGUACGGGCAGGAUCGCGAAAGUGGCCGACAGGGAUACACAAUGUACGCUCAAGUAUAGAUUCGGAGACAGCAUCAACAUCGCAACGAGUGACAGGCGACGUGCCUCCAGGUUUCCUUUGGAGGAACUCCGACUCAGCACAGACCAGCGAGAGGAUGGAUAGCCAGGGACACUCUUAAGCCAUCGAUAUUGUGUAGGGGUAGGGUAGCCUCAUAUCGUAUAACAUGAGUUGGACUAAAGGCACGCGUCAAGACGCGGCAUUUGUGCGGAGCCGGGAGUACAGCAUUCGCGUCUAAUUGACACGGGAGAUGGGAGACUCGACCAGAGAAUUAAAGGGGGCGGGCUUCUUCCGCGAGCAACAAGCCUGCAUGGGUGCAGCAAGCUUAGCAGCAGAACACCAGCGAUAGAUAGAGUUAUGACGAGAC